CACACCCAAAUAAAUGGGCAUUAUUUAGAGUACAAACAAUGUUGAGUGUGUGGCUGAGUAUCUUUAGUCUUGUCUUCCACAGCGCCUUGUAUGGUCUAUCUCGAGUGCUCCUGGCUAAAUGGAUCUGUAGGUAUUUGUUGGGAGCUGAAGUUCAGUUCAAACAAGAGGAAAAAAGGCACUCACAAAGAAAUGGCAUAAAUGGUAUAAGAACUGAUGUCGAGCACAAGGAGCCUAGAUUUGUGUCUGAGGGAGACCUAGCUGAGAUAGCACAAUUGAUUGUUGGUCUGCUAUUCGCUCCGCUAGCAUCUGUGUUUGGCCUGAUUGUCAUGUACCAAUCUAAAGGGGACGUCAUCAGCCAACGGUCCUGGGUGUUGGUCCCAUUCGCCCACUUUGGAGCCUCGUACUACCUGUUGGACCUCUAUACCAUGUUCACCUCGUAUAGACUCAGGAGACGGCUCCAUGGCCUUUCAACCACUCAGACUGUCACUAGGUUCAUACGUGGGAGAUGGUCAAUGGUUGUACACCAUCUGUUACUGCUCUGUAUAGGCUACCCCCUCACAGUGAAUAUCAAUGCUCGUGGUGGUAAGGGUGACUUUGUGCUGGGAGCUUUCAUUGCCCAGGAGCUGAGUACACCUCUACUCUCUAUAGUCAAGAUCCUCAGACUGGUUGGCCUGGAUCACUCCCUCCCCUAUCGGCUAACCGGACUAGCCCUCCUUCCCAUAUUCUUCCUAGCGCGAGUGGCCAACAUCCCCCUCAUCAUGCUACUCUACACUGCCCAACGCCACAGCUGGGACCUACCCUCUGCACUAUCCACCAUGACCCCUCUCUGCCAUUUCUUCAACAGCGUACUCUUUGUGCUCCAAUUAUAUUGGUUCCUCUCUCUACUCAGAAUAGCCGUCAGCUCACACUGCAGGAGAAGAUCUCAACAGAAACUGAAAUAGUUGUAUAAAUACCAUAAUUAUUUUCACACAGAACAACAUAAUUAUUUCAUUUUUAUAUAAUUAUUACAUGACUCCUCAAGCUUAGUGCUUUUUCCAAAGUUAUAUACAAUGA